GUCGGACGGACAUCGGAUGAGUUCUGUAGUCGGCAAAUGCAUCGAGGAGAUCUAUCGUUCGUGACGGAAUCGACGUCCAGCAGAACGUGUGAUUAAACUCGGGAGUCGCCGGAAAUUCAGCAACAUGAAGCCGACUCUCCAACAAAAGAAGAAGGACGACAAGCUGAUCACCAUCCAAGUGGAUAUACCGACAGAAGAGAACUUGGACGUUGUCGAGUAUCAUGCCGAUAACUAUUCUUGCAAGCCACCUCCGGUGUUCAUCUUAUUUGUCACGCUAGUCGAGUUUGUUAUCUUCGUUGCGGGACUCGCGGGCCCUUUCUUGGACGAUUCACCCUACAUCUAUCGACCGGACCGGAGGUCUGAAAUCUGGCGUUACGUCUCGUACAUGGUCCUUCACGAGGGAUGGAAGCACCUGCUGACGAAUCUCUGCGUCCAGAUGUUCGUCGGUCUUCCCCUGGAAAUGGUGCACGGCUCGUGGAGGGUUGGCUGCAUCUACAUGUCGGGCGUACUCGCGGGAUCGCUGUCGACAUCCGUGUUCGCACCCGAAAUCUCCCUGAUCGGAGCUUCGGGUGGCGCUUACGCGCUACUCACCGCGCAUCUGGCCAACGUAAUGCUCAACUAUCGGAGCAUGCGUUGCGGUUGGGUGAAGAUACUCGGAGUGAUUGUAAUCGCGUCGAGCGACGUCGGACGCGCGAUCUUCAAUCGUUACAUCGAACCCGACGGUUUACCCGUAAGCUACCUGUCGCACAUCGCGGGGGCUCUGGCCGGAGUUACGACGGGUCUUCUGCUGUUGAAGAAUUUCGAGAAAAAGUUCCAUGAACACUUCUUGUGGUGGGCGGCGCUGCUCGCUUACUCGUCUUGUAUGUUGUUUGCGAUCCUCUACAAUGUGCUCAACAUCGAUGGAAUCGCGUCACCUGAAGAAAUCUACUGAAAUCCGAAGUCUUGAGAGACAUCUUCCCGCCUCAAUCGAGCCAAAAUACCCGUUGACGAUACGUUGUCGGUGAUCGCAUAGUAUUUGUAGAAUUCUCGUCUGUUCUGUCGCAUGGAGACGCAGUCGAUUCAUCUAGUCAGCCUCAACGGAGAGAGGAAAAACGAUGGCGAAUGGAAGAACACGUUCCUAAUUGUGGCACGAGUCGGAGAGAUCUUCGGAUGAGAACCAACACCUCGUUAUCAUGUGUGUGCUCGUGUGAGUUGGUCAGCUUGUACACAUAUGAAUGACGAAUCAAUAUUCGCGUUCUUGAGCGCCUUGAACCUUGCACAGGAACGAGAAGAUGAGUGAUCUCCCCUACGAGUGAAUUGAGUUCGAUAUCGAUCGUUCAGACAGACCAAAACGAGAAUAUUUCUCUCCACAAGGUUGAAUAUUCAAGUUGAUACUCGAAAACACAAUAAUAUAAAACUGACUCUGUAAAAAUGUAAAUACCGCCGAAGGGCUCAAUUAUGCCGGGGUGGAAUCGAAACGAGCGUUGAAUAAAGAGAAAUGUAUUUUUCAAGUUUCU